AGUAGCAAUGUGCUUACCAUAACUUGGUACCAUGGAGCCUGGACGCCCUGCGACUUUGUGCUUUAACAAUAAAAAAAAAAAGAAAUAGAAAAAGGGCGAUCAUGGAGGCGGGACACCUUAUCCAGUCAGUGAUGCCGCUCCCCACCUACAGGUCUAUCAUCUAAUUGUAAGACUCUUUGUGGGGCGACAUGACCCAUCAAAGACGAACAAGCGCGGUGGAGGCAAAGCAGAGGAGGCCGACCAGAAGAGGCAACAUGCAUAGUUUCUAUGGUUUCCAUGGCCUUUGCGAUUGUCAUUUCAAUUGUCCUAGCUAUCUCAAUGGUUCAUUUGCGCAACCACCUGGCGUCCAGCUCCAAGGCUAUAAAAACCUCCGAACCUGGGACUCCAUCUUCCCCUCUCAUCAUCAUCAUCAUCAUCAUCAUCAUCAUCAUCCAGCUUCACAACCAAAGCACACUCAAGUUAUCCCUCUCGCUUCACGUACCAUCAAGCUUUAAGUCCAAAAAAACGAUCCUACAACAUGCUCCUCAAGAACACGAACAUCCACGCAAGUCCCGCUGCCGCCACGACCAAGACUCCCCGUCAUCGUUCAUCUCCGACCGUCCUUCUCAUACCUCUGGCAAUCGCCUUCCUCCUGGUCCUCGCGCUGAUCUGUCCCCAGGUCGCUGCUGCGCCCAUCGAUUCGACUGCGGAUUCUGGCGUUGAGAACAUGGGCUGUCUCAAGUUUAACGUCCUUAGCUGCCCGCGUGUUAUGAAACGGUUCAUCAAGGACCCCAAGCCCUCCCUGGAUCUCAACAUCAUCACAGGGGAAUCCCUCAAGGAACAUCGGCCCAUCGAACCUAUUGACGAACCCACCAAUGGACCAACCAAGUAGGGCUUUGCGACGGACCCAAGUA